UUUCCGAAGAAGCGGGCGUCUGCUCUGGAAGUCGAGUCUGUUCAGGCGUAAAAGUGAAUUAGCUAGAACAAACACAGCUAAUGUGGCAUGUGCGAUUGGACAGCCACUUAACAGCAUUAGAGGCUCUGUGCACGUCCGAUGCGCUUUUUUUCCGCUGACUCUGACGAAGCCAACCUGCUCAGGUAUAAAGGUGGAGAAGAGCCAUGGCUCGUCCUCAACCACCUCCGAUCUCUCAGCGUCUCCGACCACCUUCGCAGAGCAUCUCCUCCGUCAACUAACACAGACAAUGGCGAUUUGGCUCCAGGGUGGUGCUCUGCUGUUCGUGCUGGCGUUCUACAGUGCAGGAGUCAAUGCUGGGGCACCCCAACACCUGUGUGGUUCUCACCUGGUUGACGCCCUGUACCUAGUCUGCGGCCCGAACGGGUUCUUCUACAACCCUAAAAGAGAGGUGGAUCCUCUGCUGGGGUUCCUUCCCCCAAAAUCUGCUCCGGAGGGCGAGCUGGCUGAAUACCCCUAUAAAGAGUACAGUGAGCUGAUGGUGAAGAGAGGCAUUGUGGAGCUGUGCUGCCAUAAACCCUGCAGCUUACACGACCUGCAAAACUACUGCAACUGAAACACCAGCAAACUGUCGCAUUACCUGCUGCGAAUGAGUCGACAGCCUGCUUAAUUGUGGGGGUUUUCCCUAGAAAAUAAAAAGGUACAUCAAAUGAACGUUUACCGUGUCGUGGUUCUUCUUUAGUGACAUGUAAAGCAUGAACUAUACAAACAAGACCGUGAAGAACAACACUUGAAUCAGACAUUAUAGACUUUGACUAAGUUAAAAAAAAAAAACUUGAAAAGCAGGAUACUAAAGCAAAUAUUCACAUUUAUACAUUUAGCAGAUG